CUACCUAAAUAUUAGCUCUUUGAGCAGCACCCACUCAACACCAUCCUCAGAGACAAACGCACAAAGGACAGCUCUACACACAACGUACGGAGAACCUACAGAGAACUAACAGAGAACCAACAGAGGAUCAUCAGAGAACAUGGUGUCAGCAGGACUUCAGAUGGGCGGCACUGCCCUGGGUAUUAUCGGCUGGAUCGGCGUGAUUGUGAUAUGCGCACUGCCCCAGUGGCGUGUGACGGCGUUCAUCGGCAGCAACAUCGUCACCUCGCAGACCAUCUGGGAGGGCAUCUGGAUGAGCUGCGUGGUCCAGAGCACGGGCCAGAUGCAGUGCAAGGUCUACGACUCCAUGCUGGCGCUGUCCUCUGACCUCCAGGCCGCCCGCGCCCUCUGCAUCAUCUCCAUCCUAGUGGGCAUCGUGGGCAUUCUGCUCGCCACGGCCGGCGGCAAGUGCACCAACUGCAUCGAGGACGAGAGCGCCAAAGCAAAAGUGGGCAUAGCAUCAGGCGUGGUCUUCCUCAUUGCCGGCAUCCUCUGCCUCAUCCCCGUCUGCUGGACGGCCAACACCGUCAUCCAGGAGUUUUACAACCCCUUGGUGGUGAGCUCACAGAAGAGGGAGCUUGGCGCCGCCCUCUACAUCGGCUGGGGAGCGUCCGCAAUGCUCAUCAUCGGAGGGGCCUUGCUCUGCGCUAACUGCCCGAAGGAGGACAAUUAUUCCGCCAAGUACUCUGCCGCCCCCCGCUCUAACGGCCCCAAGGACUACGUCUGAGAAAACGAUUAAAGACUUUCUGGCCUUUGUACAAAAA